UUGCGCCUAAACAUCGGCUGAUGCUUUCUUUACACUGUCAUGUGGCUAAAAAAUAAUCUGGAAUUACUGUUUUGUUAUUUUUCUUAAUUAAUAAAAUCUCUUUCUUAUCAACUAAUUUUUAAUAGAUUUAGAAUCGUAAGUAUUGAUAAAAUUAAAUUCAAAUCAACUUGGUGAGUGUAUUAUGCCUCUAAAGCCAGCUAGUUGUUGUCAAUUUAUUCAUCAAUUUGAACCUGAUGAGUUAUUCGGGUAAGUAUUAAUACAAUCAUUUUUCUUUGUCUCUGCCAACAUUGAGGGUAAUUCGAGGUGAAAGUAUUCGUUAUUUACUGAAGGAAACAAAAUGAAGGAGGAACAAGAAGGAACAAAGAGCCAAGAAUUUCUCUAAUCCUCAUUGGGAUCUUUUUCUUUUGAUUAUGGAUGAGCUGAAUUAAUGAUAGUCAAUAAGUGAGAGAUUUUGUUAUUAUUAAUACCCUUAGGGUUGUUAUUAAUUUGCUUGGUUUGGUGUGAAUCAUCUCUCUUCUUUUUUUCAGGCCUAAUAAAUGUUCAUCUUGGUGUCUCUAUCGUAUUUUCAAUCCCAGAAAAUUUGGUGUUGAUUGUUAAAAUUGAAGAUAAGUUGUGGAAGAAAUGAAACGUUAAUAUUAUUUUCAUCGGAAUCUCAAGUAAAGCUAUUGGAAAAAGGUUAUACUGGAAAUUUUACCUCAAAUUUUUACGAGUGAUAAACAGCUACUUAUUUAAGGCUGAAAUAUUUCCAAAUUAAAGAGGAAGUAAUAAUACAUUUGAUAGGAAGGAGACGAAAAAGAGACAAAAAUAAGCUUGCAAAUUGCCAAAAGAUUUACGCUAUUUUGACUGGUGGUAACACGAAUUAAUCAGAGAUAUCAAGAAUCCAAACUAUCAUUUUAGGAAGGAUUAAACUGGCAAUGUUCUAAAGCAAAUUGACAACACAAAUUAUCAUCAAAAGAAACCCCAUUGGUCAUAAUGGAUUCUAGUUGCAAUGAAUGCUGGAGAAGAGCUGUUUUUUACUCUACACAAGCAGGAGAAAAAUUUCAACGCGAAAGUCUAGGAAUUCAGCUGUCAUAAAGUAAAAAAGCGGAAACAUUCAAGUUAAUCAUAAUCAAUAUGCAUUAUAAUUAAAAAAGGAAUAAGAAGAAAGAAAAAGGAAAAAGAAAUAAAAAAGAAGGAAAAAAUGUGAAAGACCAGAGUAUCAAACAUGAGCCCAGUGAACCUCAAACAAAUCAAUGUUGGUGAUGAUGAUGAUCACAGAAUGGUUUACAGGAUAUUGUGUCGUCAAAUUUUAUUAUUAUUAUUAUUGCUAUGUAUUGUUAAACUGGAAAUAGUUUAAGAGGAUGAUAGACAGAAAAGGAAAACUUCCCUGUUCCUAUGAAAGAACCAAGUUACACAUCAUACAUGAAUAUCAAAGGAUAAUAGCAACAUUGUAACCAGAAUAACGGAAAAGGAUUCAUCGUUUGCCAUAGAAAUACUGGAAAAUUUAACAGUAUCAUUGAUGAUGAUAAUUUUACCUGCCACCCACUACUUUAAAACCUCAAAAAGCUGGACUUGUUAAUAGUUUUAUCGUAAUCAAGGCAAAAAUGAUAUGGAACCUGAAUAACUAUCAACUGUGACCAUAGGAAGGAAGGAAAAGUGGAAAGAAAUGUGGAGAAAGAAGUUGAAAAAGAAGAGAAAGAAAUGAUUUAGGAAACGUUUUGUGAUAAAAAUAGGUAUAAAUCUGCGCAAAAUUGAUACUUUGCUUGAGGAAUAAAAAAAAAUGUCUAAAACCAUUACAUGGAAAAAGAAGGACAUGGAGAAAAAGUGAAAGAUGAAAUGAUGAGGAAAGAUGAGAUGUAAAAGAAGAUAUAAUAUUUCAACCUUAUUGCCCAUGUCUAUUCAAACUCCAGUCUCCCUCUGAUUUCAUCUUCACCUACCAUCUUUAUCAUCCAAAAGUCCCUUUUGAAGAAAAGUUUAUAAUGUUCAGUUGAAGAAGAAUCGCAACUAACCAAAGUCUAUCUUCUUUACUCUUUUUGUUUGCCUCUUCACUCUUCUCGAAGGAACACAAAAAAAUGAGUUGAUCCCCAUGAAAUGAAGUUAAUACCUUUUGAUGUUGUUGAUCAAAAAGAAACCUUCAUCUUCUAUUUUUUGUAUCCCUUCUCCUUUUCCUCCUCUUCAUCAUCUUAUCUCGUUAACCUCUUAUCUGUUUCCGUUUUUUUCAUUUCAUUACACUUAUCAUCUCAUGUGUUGUUAGUUUUUAAUUAAUUUAAUGCAAUCUUCCCGGUCAGUUGCCAUGCAUCAAUAUAUCAACUUUACAUCUUUUGACGGACCCACUCAUUUAACAGCGGAUUAACCCUAUUAAUUUGUUUCAACUGGUUUCCAAAUUUUAACACAAUAGUGACAUUAACGGCAUCAUCAUAACCAUUGUCAUCAUCAGUGGUGAAAGUUUUGUCCAAUGUUUCCUUCACAGCAAUUUGAGUGAACUUUUGUGUUGGCAACUGAAAGAGUAAAACAAAAAAAGAAUUGGUUAAUUCAUUUGUAAUCAUCAUAUUUACUGUGAUCAGUAUUGUAUUAUCAUUAUAAUCAUUGUAAUUACCAAUAAUUUGUCAAUAUUGUUUACUCUUGUUUUGUUACAAUAAGUGUAACAUCAACAGAAUCAACAACAAAAUCACCAAAAUGUUGGAUACUUUCUGUUCCAGUGAACCUUGUAAACUAUGGUUGAAACGAAAUUUGAUGCCAAUGAACCAAAUCACUCUUAAUUUGAUUGUCACGUUGACACUUUGUACAUAUUUUAUCUCACAAUGUGACUGUAACCAACAUUUAACUCACAAUAAUGAUCCAGGUAAAGAAAGUGAACCUGAAUUUAUAUCAACCAUUCCAAACUUAACUGUCCAAGUUGGUCGUGAUGCUCAACUGCCCUGUACUGUAGCUGAUUUAGGUUCAUAUAAGGUAGCUUGGUUACGAGUUGAAGAUAAGGGAAUAUUAACAAUUCAUGAUCACAUUAUUACAAGAAACUAUCGAGUUGGCCUGACGGUAACCGAUAACCGUAAUUUUUUAUUAACCAUAAAAAGUGUCGCUGAAAGUGAUAAAGGUGGUUACAUGUGCCAGGUAAAUACUGUUCCAAUGAGAAGUCAAGUUGGCUACCUGGAUGUAGUUUACCCACCAACCAUAAUUGGUGACAAUCGAAGUGAUUACGUCUUUAAUGAAGGAUCCAAUGCCACGUUAACAUGUAAAGCCAAAGGUUAUCCAAGUCCGACAAUCCUUUGGAAGAGAGAAGACAAAAAAGAGAUUCCAUUGCACAAUAGUCAAGGAAAAAAAUACAUAGUUCAUAAUGUGACUGGUGAAACGUUGACCAUUUCACGAGUAACACGGGUUCACAUGGGUGCUUACCUUUGCAUUGCCUCAAACGGUAUUCCUAAUUCAGUGUCCAGAAGAUUCUUGCUUCAAGUUAAAUUUUCACCUGUUGUCUGGAUUCCAAAGCAAUUGGUUGGGUCCAAUUUAGGUCAAGAUGUUACCUUAAACUGUCACAUUGACUCAUUUCCACCUUCAGUUAAUUAUUGGAUCAAGGAGAAUGGUGAACGAAUUGGUUCAUCGGGAAAAUAUUCAAUUUAUCAUGAAGACAAAGAGUACAAGACUCAUUUAACUUUGGUUAUACGCAAUGUUCAAAAAAGUGAUCUCGGCCUUUAUACCUGUUCGGCCAAGAAUCAGCUUGGUUCAAAGGAAGCAAUUGUAACAUUAAUUGAUAAUCCAAAAGACCAUCGUAUAGGAUCAUCAAACCGGAAACAACAGUACAUCCAAGUUUCAGAAAGGUCAUCAUUCAAUGGAGAUCUCAGUAAAAGUGCAUCUGACAUGGGUAACUCCAUCCUUAUGGAAGAAAGUGAAGGGCUCAAAUCAUCGUCCCCCUAUAAUAUUAACAAUAAUUUGAUAGAGAAACAUGUUAAUUUAAUCAUUUCAUUAACUAUUGUAACCAUUGUUUUAAACAUUGAAAUAUUGAAUACGCUAUAA